AAUGUCUUCAAAUGUCCGAAAGACGCCUCAAAGGAAAGGUCCAAUUUUGGCAGAAUAUACCGGUCCAGGACCUGCUUAUAAGCCUGAUGUCGAUUUAUUGAAAAAGAAAGGACCAUCGUAUUCAUUUGGAUGUAGACUGUUAGAUCGACCAAAUACAAACCCGGCUCCAAGUGAAUAUUCAAUAGAUAAGGGGAUCACUUACAAUGGAAAAAUGUCUUGUCCGUCUUAUUCGUUGCAAGGGAGAUCUGAACAUCAGAAUUUAAAACUUACGAUGGGCUUUAGCUUAGAUAAAACCCCUGCUCCUGGAUCAUAUGCACCAGAAGGAGUUAAACAAGGAUCGAUUAGUAGUCAAACAACUCCUCCAAGUUUCACACUACGUCCAAGGACUAAGGAUGUGUUCAAAAACCCUGUCCCUGCUCCUUCAAGUUACAAUCUAGCUAGAGAUAUUUCGAAACCUUCCGCAACCGGAAGAAAUCCACCAACUACUACUAUAAAAUUCAGAAAGUUAGUAGGAUCCCCACAGUAUUCGUUAAUAAAAGCAGCCGUUCCCGGACCUGGUAGCUACGGAGCCGUUGAUCCAAACAAAACGAAAAAGAGCGACGGUGUCUUUUCAAUUCAAGGUAGAACUAAACUUAAGAAUUACUCAACGGUUUUGGAUAAUCCAGGUCCUGGUCAAUACAGCCCAGAAGCUAAAAGAGGUGGAACGAAAUUUACUCUUGGAACAAAACCAUCUCCUUUCGUUCUUAUGCUUAUUGAUAAAGCCGAUGUUGAGAGCUAG